AUUAGUAAUCUAAUAUGCAGUUUUUUCAACCAUAUGGGCAACUCACCAUGUACAGCUGAGAAGUUGAGCUAACAUUCCAAUUUCUAUACCAGUUUCAACCAACUUGUCUACUUAUCACCAUUACCCCCAUACCACGUACUCUAUAUAAAUCAACUUAACACAUGGUUGGAUAUUCAUCCUCAAGCCAACUUAAAAUAUUUUCCUAGCUUCAUACUGCUCUAAUCUCCUCCUUUCAUAACAUCAAUGGCCUGUUACAAGGGUAGUUCGUUCAUCAUGAUAUUGUUGUUUGUCACUUUAGUAUCAACCGGCGGCGGAAAACGCUUUGCAGAGGCACGUAAUCUUUUGGAGGUUCCCGAUCUUCCUAAGCCGACACUUCCAGAGAUUCCAAAGCCGACACUUCCUGUGAUUCCGAAGCCUACACUUCCUGAGCUUCCAAAGCCCAUUAUUCCGGAGAUUCCCAAGCCUACACUUCCCGAGGUUCCAAAGCCUGAAGUUCCAGAGCUUCCAAAGCCUACCAUUCCUGAGAUUCCCAAGCCUAUUCUUCCCGAGGUUCCAAAGCCUGAGGUCCCUAUGGUUCCAAAGCCUGAAGUUCCAGAGCUUCCGAAGCCUACCAUUCCUGAGAUUCCCAAGCCUACACUUCCCGAGGUUCCAAAGCCCGAGGUCCCCGUGGUACAGAAGCCAGAAGUUCCUGAGCUUCCAAAGCCCACCAUUCCCGAGCUUCCCAAGCCUACAUUUCCUGAAAUUCCAAAGCCAGAGCUUCCAACUCUUCCAAAACCCGAAGUACCAAAGGUUCCAGAAGUCCAUGAACUGCCUAAACCCACCAUUCCUGAGUUGCCCAAGGACUUUCCUAUUCCUUCCCUACCUCAUCCAUAGAGAACUGCUUUUGUGAUCCCUUGUAUAACUUUUACUUCACUAAAACUACAGCUAUGGUUGUCAUCAUUUCCAGCU